AUGAGAAAUUCGCUCGUGGCUCAUACCACGCCUUCCAAUGACAUGACGUUGCAAUGCAAGUUCAGCAAUUCCUGGCAAAAGCUGACCCAUGUAUUUGCAUACUUCUUUAAAUUUCGACAUCGCAUCCGGCACUCUGGAAUUACAGUCGAGCAUAUUCAGCUUGGAACGCAGUUGCUCCUUCGCACCAUCCAGAUGAACAACCUUGCAGCUGACUACAAACGACUGCAAGAUGAAUUUGGCAUAAUGCGUGUUGGUGGUCGUUUAAAGAAUUCUGGAUUGGCCUUUGAGUCUCAGCAUCCUAUUAUAUUACCGAGGAGUCAUCCAGUAACCCACGCACUUAUCAUGCACUUUCAUCGGCGCAAACUCCAUUCGGGACCUCGAUCUCUGCUUGCACACAUUCGUCUGCAGUAUUGGCCAAUUGGAGGACGCAAAACUGUCACAACUGUGGUCAAUAAAUGCAUUAUCUGCUUCAGAGCCAAACCCCGACUGGCUGAGCAUGUAAUGGCUGAUCUGCCAAAGAGCCGGGUUUCUUCAACGUGGACGUUUAUGGUCACAGGGUUGGAUUUCUGUGGUCCGUUCCAUUACAGGACUGGGGUUCGAGGCAAGGUUCCUGUAAAAACGUAUGUCUGCAUCUUCAUAUGUUUUUCGACGAAAGCGGUGCACUUGGAACUUGUUCAGGAUUUGUCGACGCAAGCAUUUCUUGGAGCGUUGAAGCGCUUUAUUCUAACAAGGGGCAAGCCUGCUCGAAUAUGGUCGGAUAAUGCAACCAAUUUUGUUGGCGCCAAGAACGAGCUGACCGAGCUGAAACGUUUGUUCCUGUGCGACCCCCACAUACGUUCCGUGCAGGAAUUCUGUCUGGAGGAUAACAUUGAGUGGCGAUUCAUUCCUCCCCGUUCGCCUCACAUUGGAGGCCUCUGGGAGGCUGCAGUAAAAACGGCCAAAUUCCAUUUCUAUCGUUCAGUUGGCCCAUCGCUAUUAUCGUUUGACGAGCUGCGCACGCUAGUUUGCCACAUUGGGGCGAUAAUCAACUCUAGACCUCUGCUUCCUCUUUCAGAGAACCCAGCCGACUUGGAUGUGUUAACUCCCGCACACUUUCUUGGCACCGCUCCUCUGGUGUUGUUUUCAGAGCCUGAUGUCACACUGUUAAAUUGCAACCGAUUGGAUCGAUGGCAGCGAAUAUCUUACCAUCAGCAAGUUUUCUGGGCCCGUUGGCGAGAAGAAUACCUAACACUUCUUCAACAGCGUGCUAAGUGGCGCACCAAUCAUCCAAAUCUCAAGAUCAACGAUGUUGUCUUAGUGAAGGACGAGAACCUUCCUCCACUUAAGUGGCCACUGGCUAGAGUGGUCGAGCUGAUCGCCGGAGAAGACAAAGUUGUCCGUAUCGUGUAUUGCUUGAUGGGAUAA